AUGGGGUUAUUAAAACUCUUAAUUCUUGUUGUUACACUGCUUUUAAUAGGCCUAAAUGGCUUCCGAUUGAAUGUACCUCGCGUUUUGUUGCCAUAUCAUCCGACGAAUCAAGUGACGUUCUUGUUGGAAGUGUCACAUCCUGGUGGAGCUUGCUUUACUUGGUAAGAUUUAUAUUAUUUUAUGUUUCUUUGGCUGUUUUUGGUAGAAACUUAAUUUUAAACUUGAAGUUUUUACUGCUAUUUCUAUGAAUAUUGUUCCAGGCGCUCUACUCGACCAGAUGUUGCUUCAAUCGAACCAAUUGAUCCGAAAAACAAAGGAUGUUCUGACAAAGCAUUGUUAACAUCCAGAUCCAAGCAUGCUGAUGAACAAAGUGCCACCAUUUUCGCCAAGGAUCUCAGUAAGUCUUUAUUUUUUGUUUUAUGUUUAGGUGAAAGUUUGGAGAUGGUUUGACCGAAGAUUAAGAGAUUUUAAUGUUUUGGACACAUGUGUUUGAUCAAGAAUUUUGAGGUACAGCAACUAUCAAUGUAUAUUGUUUUAGAUAGUGGUGUUACUUUGUCCUGCGGAGUUUCUGUUGAUGUUAUUCACUCAAUAAAGGUGGAGACUAUCACAGACUUGCUAUUCCUGGAAGCUCCGCCAGCUAGAAUGACCAUUGACGCCUUCAAUAACAAAGGACACGCUUUCUCGGCUCUUGGAGACAUACCUUUCGACUGGACUUUUGAAUUUGCUGAUCCUUCUAGAAGACCAUUGAGGAUUAUUCCUUUCUCACAGAGUAAAUACGAUGCUCCUCUUGGGAUUGAGGAUUUGGAGAAGCAGAAGAAGAAGGGAUUUGUUGUGUUAGUCGAAGGUAUUCAAACUGGAUCAGCUAAAUUGACGGCUAAAUUUAGUGAAAGCGAGUUUAGUGUAAGUUUUAGGGAAUUACGUUACACACAGGGCCAGGCGGGGACUUUUGGUCUGGGGGCGGGGGUCCAAAAAAUUGGCACAGGUACGUACCUGUGCCGAUUUUUUGCGAAAUUUUUUUUCCGAAAAUCCACAGGGCGGACCACGUUACACUUUUUUCAAAAAUUUUUUUCUGGGGGGGGGUACCCCCUUCCCCCUCGCGCCCGGCCCUGGUUACAAAUGUUUUGUUUUUUGAGUUCUUAGAUCGAUGUUCAUCUAAUCUAUAUUUUUUUAGUACAUUUCACCUCACAGUAUCGAACUGUACGUCGUUGCUAACUUGUUAUUGAUUCCAUCAGAAGAUUUGUAUGUUACAGUUGGAUCAUUGAUCCCAUACAGCGCUGUCAUUUUGAAAAAUGGAGUGACUGAACGUAAGUUAAUUUUCUAUUGUAUUUUUUUAUAAUUUUAGGUAGUGAUUUGGGCUUUAAAACAAUAAGAAAGUUAUGCAUAAUGUAAAUUUACUGUAAAAAAGUUACGGAUGGUAUAAGGUUUAUAUAAAAAUUCUUUUUAGCUGUGCCAAACGAUCAGUACGAGCUAGCAGUCAGUGAUUCCGAAGUAUGCACGCUAGACCCGACUACAAACUUUUUGACAGCUAAUAGUAUUGGCAAUGUUGAAGUAACUUUGUUUGAUUCAAGUAAGUCUCUAUUUUGAAGAAAAAUCUUGAAUUUCUAUUUAAAAUCGUAAAGCUAGGCAAUGGUUUGACCUAACUUACCUUAUUUUAUAUAUUUUUAAUAAAAAACAAGUCUUUAUAAAGCUUUUUCACCUAAAUCAUUACGUUAACCUACUACAAGAUCUCUUUUUUUAGCUGUACGUCAAAAAGCCGGCUUUAAGCCUCAAAGUGCUCAUGUUUAUGUGGUUGAACCGGAUUCAAUUUACUUUUCAAUUAACAGAGGAAAUAACUGGGUGCUUCAGAACGGAGUUUUCUAUGAAAUCGAAGUCAGACUGUUGGAUUUACAGGGCAAUAACGUCUAUAUUCCUGAGGUCAGUUUUAAAGGGUUUUUGAGGGUUUUAUUGACUUUUAGAGCAUUUUUAGUGAAUUUAUUAUUUUUUUGGUAGUUUAAAGGGUGUUUUAAAGCUUUUUGGAGGUUCUGGUUAUGGUGGAUAUAAUUAUUUUUUGAAAUUUAAGUUUAUAUACUUAAAAUAACGCUUUAAAAUGUAAAAUAUUUAUUUAAUUUUAGUAAAUUUAACUUUUUUAUUGAUAAACUUAUUUCCAGAACGCCAAAUUCGACACAGACCUCACGGACUACCUAGAAGUUAUCGAAGGAACCCUGAACAAUACCCACUUCAAAGUCAGAGCCAAGAAAGUUGGUGCAACUACGAUAAAAUCUCACUUUAUGCAAAUCACAGACAUCAAUGGAUACACCCAAAAAGUGGCAGUGCCAAUUUUCGGCGAACAAAAAGCCGAAAUCUUCGAAGCGGUGGAUGUAACACCAAAGACUUUGAUCUUCCCAUAUCAACACAAUUCCCAAUACAAGUACAAACUGAAGGUCUCAGGUGGAUCGGGCAUCUUUGUUUGGUCUAGUGAAGACACUAGUGUGGGUACAGUAUCGGAUGCUGGUGUGGUACAGAGUGGUGAAAUUGGAGAGACCAUUGUUCAUGUCGCUGAUUAUCGGAAUGAACAGCAUAGAGACUUGGCUAAGGUAAGGGAUUUAGAAUAUUGUUUUUAAGGAGGGCAGAGUAAAAAAAAUUUUGUUGUAAAAUUAUUUUUUUUCUAUAUUGUGAGGGGUUUUUUUCGGAAAAAAUUGGGCGGGGUAAAAUAAUUUUUUGGUGGGGGGGGAGGGGUUAGCUUUUUUUUGUAAAAUUGUUUGUUUUUCUGAAGAGUGAGGGAUUUUGUUUGAGAAAAAAUUUUGGGCGGGGUAGAAAUUUUUGGAAGGGGGGGAUGGUGAUUUUUUUUUAAAUGUUGUAGAGCUAACAAGUAAGGCAAAAGGUGUGAAUGAGUGAUUUUUAUUUUAAAAAAUUGCUUUUUAUUUUGAGGGAUUAAUUUAAAAAAUUUGUAAUUUUAGGUAAUUGUCUUAGAACCAAAAUCCUUGGAAUUUGGCCCAUCAGUCGUGGAAGCUGAAAUUGGCUCAACAUUAACAUUGAACAUCAAAAUGUUGGCCGAUUUGAACGGUGCACCAGUACCAUUCACAGACUGUCGAAACUACGAUUUCAGUGUACAGAUUGCUAAUCAAAAUGUGUAUGCGGUCGAUAAAAGUGAGUGUUGUGGGAGGAAUGAUGAACAUCACAUUAGUUGUGACAUUUUUUAUCUUUUACGAUUUUUAUGAAAUUAUUUUACUUUUUCUACUACAACAUUGGUUUUAUGAAAAUUUUUAAUAUUUUGAUGAUAUAUUGAUGUUAAUAUUAAUUUGAAUAACAAAUUUUAGCAAAACCAGCAGAACUGAGCCCUCAAAAUGACGGAUGUUCGAGUAUUACUCUAAUUGCGAAAGGCCUUGGCGACAGUAAAGUAACAGUGUCAUAUGGAAGCUUAAGGGCAUUGAUUGAAGUCUACGCUUUUAAGCCUUUGAAGGUGGGUGCUUUAUAGUGAUUUUGGAAAAAUACGAAGGGAAUGGAUUGUAUAUGUAACAAAACUGAUGGUAAAAUGGGUUAUUGAGGAUUCAAAAGGUUUUGCUGUACUUUGGAGGUUGAUUUUAAAGGGUUUUUGGUUAAAAAUGACUUUGAAGAGUUGUAUAGACAAAAGUUCAGUUUUGACGGUUGUAAAAGAUAAAAUAGGAGACUUCGAGUUCUUGUUUGGUAUUUUGAAUUAUAAAACAAGGUAAAAAUCUGUAAAAAAAGAAUCUAGUUUAAGCUAAAAUAAAUAUUUUAGAUUACAGUAGACUCAGAGCUCCUUCUCGGUCUUGGCUCUUCAGCCCCAUUCAAAUUCGAAGGCGGUCCAAGACCAUAUUCGCACGAUCCAAGCAAAUACUACACCAACGUGAACACAGCGGACGAUAGAAUCGGAGAAAUUGUCCUAUUAGGUGAUGCUUACAAUGUGUUAUGCAAGAGUGACAUGGCUGAAACUACAGUAACUGUCAAGGUUGGAAACAGAAAAGCCAAGAAUCUACCAUACCCAGUCCAUGCCAUUGCUCAAGCUAGACUAUGUUGUUCCGUGCCGUCUCGACUGGCAUUGACUCAACAGGCUAAAAGAAGGGCUAGUGAUGGGUGUCAGGCUAAUACGGUGAGUUGAGGUUGUGAUAGAUUGCCAAUUAUACAGGGUACGGUAGUGUUAGAAUAGAUGAGAAGGGAGGGGGGGGGGAGGACGGUAUUUUUGGAGCUUUAAGCUAUUGAAUGUCAUUUUCUCGGUCUAUGUUAACAUGUUUUAGCACUCGGUGUUCUUCGGCGAACCAACCUACCUCGAACUGACAGCUUUCGGUCAAUGUCCCAGUCAAGGUGAAGAUGCCAUGGAAAGAAAGUUCACCUCGAUUGCUUCAUUAAUCACUGAGUUCAAUGUAAAACAAACUUCAUUGGCUUCAAUCGACCGUUUGGAUAAGAAUCAGAAGUUGGAAAGCAGUAAGUUGGCUUGAAAUACGAUUUUUUUUAAGGUUGAGGGUUCUUAGAGCUCGUUUUUGAGGUUAAAAGAUGAAUAAUAUAUGCUUUUUGGUUUAAAACGAUGUAGGCUAGUUGUUGUAAAGAUAAAGGAAUGGAUAUUAUACUUUCUUUUACAUAAAGAGAUGAAGAAUAUAUCGAUUAUACACAUAAAUUUUCAGUUUUGGCUGAGCUGCAACCAUCAGGGAAGCCAGGAGUCCUUGACAUCCAUGCCUCAUCACACCAGUUCAAUGUAAAAGGAAACAAAAGAUCAAUUGGAAGAACACUAACAGCUAACCUGGUCCUAAAUCUAGUCGAUCUAGCUAAACCAAACACAUCAUCAAUUGUCAUCUGGAACCAAAAGGACGCUCGAGCCACAAUAACCCUUCACGGCGGCUCAGGACAAUUCUACAUUGAUCACACACUCAGUGGAACAUACGUAUCAGCCUAUCUUCUGCCCAACAAGGAACGGACUGAAACACAAAUUCAGCUGAGCCCGGUCAGAGAAGGUGUCACUAAGCUGGUAGUUCAAGAUCUCUGCAUCAUUGGCCAUGAAAUUGAAAUCCCAGUGAAAGUGACAGAGAUCAGUAAGAUCGAGAUCAAAGGAAGCGAGUUUGUGGAACUGAAUGGUGAUAUACAUCUGGAUAUUGUCAUAACCGACGUGGAAGGCAAGGAAUUCGCGUUAGAGGACAUUCAAGAGAUCAAUCUGAACCUGGAAUACAAUGAUCAACUGAUAAUUCUGAAGAAAGAGGGCUUGUUAUCCUACAAAGCUACUGGUCUAAAGAUUGGAGUAACUCCAAUCACGGUAUCAGCCAUAUCGGCUACUACGAAGACGAUCAGAAGCGCACAACAUCAUCUACAGGUCUUUUCACCAUUAGUUUUGGACCCAAAGGAAUUGACGUUGAUUCCAGAAUCAGUGUUUGAACUAGAAGUCUUGGGCGGUCCAAAACCGUUGAGAGAUGUCCACUAUGAGAUGAAUAACACUGCCAUAGCCAAGAUCUCAGAAGGCCUGAUAAGAUCAACUCAGACUCUUGGCUACAGCUCGAUAACAGCUGCGAUUGGAGUGGCCGGCCGAAAAGUCACGUCUAAUCAAGUCACAUUAAAGGUGGUAUCCCUGGCUGGUGUCAGAAUCGUCGUAUCAUCUUUGUUAGUGGAGACGAGAGACGUUUUAGAAGCCAGAGUUGAAGGCCUCACAGGAUCAGAUGAAUCUCCAUUCUCCUUUGGUGGAGCCGAUUACCCAUUGACCGUAGAAUGGACCCUUUCCAAGCCAGACGCCGAGAUUCUGACUUUUGAAUCCGUGACCAGAAGCCUCUUCAAUCAGAAACCGGAAAAUCAGUUUGCCACGCAACUAAGAGCACUAAAACCAGGUGUGGCGGAGCUGGAAGUUAAAGUCACACCACAUUCCAGAGGAUACAAGCAGUUCCAGACCAGGGAUUCACACUUUUCAAGUGCCAUCAGAAUUGAUGUUCAAGAUUCUUUAGCAUUUGUGGCACCGUUCUUGGAAAAACAGCCAACGAUUAGAGUUACACCGUUAACUAGCUUGCCUUUGAGCAUUAAUAGGUAAGGAGGGUGUGGUAUUGAUAAGUAUUUGUUACUUAUGGUAUAAGGAGGGAAUCCAAAGUUUUGUUGUUUUUUAGUAUGGAAGGUAGUGGAAACUUGCGACAAAACUUUUAGUCGCCCGGAGGGACGUAAUUUAGUGUUUUAUAUAAAUGAAAAAAAAAUUUUUGCCAUUUUUGAUUCAUAUUUGAAAAUUUUUUUCUUAUUUUUUUUGCUUUCAGACCAACCGACCAAACUCAAUACAAGGUCCAUCGCGAAUCCGCCCCACUCUUCGAAAUAAAAUCGACCGAAACCUCGGACGGACUGCCGGAAAUCCUCCUGGAAUCGGGCUCACAAGAAGGAGUCGGCGCUCUCCUAGUCCAACACAACAGCUCUGUCUACAACAACAGCCAGUUUGUCACGGUGGAGGUCACAGCAGCCAAAUCAAUUCAUUUGACAGUGGAAGGAAAGACGAAACGAGUCCGUGAACAUUUGAUGCCAGGCAACUGGAUCACCGUGAAUGUGGGAUUCAGAGACGCGAGAGGACGGGUCUUACAUGCAGCCAAUAAUAGGGUGGCAUUCAGGCCUCAUAGGUAGGGGUUUGAUGGGUUUUUUGGGGGUGGUUUUUUAAAAAAAAAUUAAAUUUUUCGAACUAAAAAAAUUUUUUUUUUCAGAUUUGACCUCACAGAGAUUGAAGCCUCGGAAGAUCGCCGCAAACUCAAAAUCUACCUAAAAUACGAUGGAGAAACUGUGCUUAAAGUAUGGGACCCGAAAGACUCCCGCAUUGCCACAUAUUUGAGAUUAUCAGUUGCUGAUCUAAGCCCAGAAGAACUAAAAGAUGAGGAAGAUGUAUCAAACAACUUGACCAUUGCCGAAUCAUACGAAAAAGUCAAAGAAACUGCGUAUGAAGCACAACAUGGAAUUGGACGGAUUCUGGGAGAAUUCUUCGAUAACAACCCGGCUACAACGUUGGUCAUGAUGUUGACCUUCUUCUUUGCUACGGUUGGAAUGUUGUGUAGGUUUUUGGUAUAGAAUUUGUAGUAAUAUAAAGGGUUUUUCGAGGUUUUAGGGGUGUUUUUGUAAGUUUGAGGUUUGUUUGGUCAUGAUUGGACUAGCUAAACAAAGUUUAGGUUAGCCUAAUUAAUUUUAGUCUAGCUAAACAAAUUUUAGUCUAGUACAAGAUCGUCAAAUCAAAAUUUAAAAAAAAUUAUAAUUUUUUCUUUUUCAGUUUACUACAUUUUCAAUCGCCGCUCACUAACCCCCAGAUACGACAUGAACUCAUCUAGAGUCUAUGCCUAUCAAACCUCAGCAGAUGGAUCCCUAGGCUUAUCAGGAGAGCUCUCAGCUUCCCCCCUCUUCCAUUCAACUCCAGGCUCUGAAAACGGAAAGAAACAGCCAACCACAUCGAAGAGAUUCAACACGCCCGUUAACAAGGCCUAUGUCAAUCAAAGCUCACCCAAGUUGUCGAAUAACACCGCCGGGUCCAAUCAUGACGAGCUCUUCAACAGCUCACUGAGCCCUAACAAUCGAUUGAAACAGGUCGUCAAUCGGUUUUAUAAUUAA